AUCUGCAGCAGGUGGCUGGUCAAAAUGUUCAUGAUGCUUAAUAUUUCAUUGCAUACUUUUGGGCUGCAAGUAGCCGCGGCCUAAAGUGCGCAGUGUGACCGUAUUAUUCGAAUUUUUCUCACCAAGCCCAAAAGUAUGCAACAGUUUUUGCUGAAAUUUAAAUACGUUUGGCCCGCGCUUUAUUUGAAUUUCAAAUGUGUACCGUUAUAACGGCCUAAAAAGUAAAAGUAACAAAAAAUGAACAACUCUGUUUAUUUUAUGUCAUAACUUUAUUAAAGAACACAAUCUGUUUACAAUUUUGACUUAUAUACACUGGCGAAAUGGAUCCGGCCUACAGCGAAAAUGUAGUGGACUACCGCUCGCUGGGCAACAUGCCGGGCUACGAGUGGAAACUCCUGCGGUACAAGUGCCGCGAGUUGCGUCUGGAAGGCGUUUACCAUCGGCACUGUCACCUGGUUUCGGUGGCCGUGGUGACCCAACUUAUUAUAGUCAUCGAAAUUUUGAUGCUCAUCCAUGUGAUUCUGCUGUUCAGCGUGGUUAAGGACAUUGAUUUUCUCAAUGUGCUUCCCUAUUUCGCGGUCAUGUUACUCACUCCAUCCAUUCUGAUGCCCAGCAGGGAGCCCAACGCCGAGAAGUACGAAGCCAUUGCCAUUUUGGUCAGCUGUUUGAUGGCCCUGCUUCUGACUGCGAUGGACUUGAUACUGCCCAUCUGUUACCACAGGCCCUUUUCCCUGGUGCCAAGUUACGAUCACGUUGUGAUUGUCCUGGUCUAAUUGAUGUUUCCAAUAGCCUUUGUGGAAAACGGCAGGUCUUACUUUUUGGGCCUGGCCGUUUCUUUGUUUUACUUUGGCUACAUGGUGUUGAUAGACAAGAUCAGCACGCUGGAUAAAGUGUGGGAGCUGACGGCCUAUGGGGCGUAUCUGUUCUUCCUAAACAUGCUGUGCAUGUUCCUUUCCAGAUUCCAGGAGUACAACAUGAGGAGCGGAAUUCUGAGUCGUUACCAGGUGGUGUACCAGAACUUGGUGUUUCAAUUGGCUAUGAAAGAGGAAAAGGCUCUACUGGACUCAAUUAUACCGGUAACGCUGGCGAGAUCCUUGCAAGACGCCAUCGCCAGUCACAUCGAGGAGGAUCCGUCUAAUUUAAUUCCCUUUACGAAAACACGACAUCUCUUUAUGGAGCCCCAUCCGGAAGUAUCUAUUCUAGAAGCGGAUAUGGUAGACUUUACAAGUCUGACCACCACCAUGGAAGUUUCGGAACUUGUGGCCAUCUUGCACGAGUUGUUCGUUAGCUUCGAUUUGGCUGCCAACCACAACAGGGCCACCCGCAUCAAGUUCCUGGGCGAUUCGUACACCUGCGUCACUGGGAUUCCCAGCUACUUUCCAACCCACGCCAACGCCUGCGUGAACCAGGCUCUGGACAUGAUUGAGAUAAGCCGAGAAGUCAGCAAGCGACGAAACAAGAAGAUCGACCUUCGGAUCGGCGUGCACUCGGGGGAGAUACUCGCCGGGAUCAUUGGGCUGACCAAGUGGCAGUUCGACAUUUGGUCGAAGGACGUCGACAUCACCAAUCGGUUGGAGUCAAGCGGGCUUCCUGGAAUGGUGCACAUCUCUAGCCGCACACUGGGCCUGCUGGACAAUCACUACGUGUUUGAGAAGGGUACUGAUACGGCCAAGCUAGAUCCUCUCCUGCAGCGAUCUAAUCUAAGUACCUACCUGAUAAGAAGUCGUCUUCCGAAUUUCGAGGACGCCGAUGACUUGGAGGACGACAAUUUCCCGCUGAACGACUAUCGUUUCAGCUUCAGUUUCAGUGAGGACUACGAGGACAUCCAGGUGAAGGCGCAGCGCGACAUGAUCCUCGAGGUGGAACACAUGCCGGUGAACCGAGUCCAGGCGUGCAAGAUCAGACGGCCUAUGCACCGAAUAGCUAAGGAGGACAUCAACGAGGAGUAUCGAUUCCAUCUCGAAUCGUACUACCUCUUCACCACUUUCCGCAGCUGGAAGAUGGAGUGGUCCUUUAGCAAAAUGCGGGACCUUUUAAUGAAGUACAGCCUGGGGAUGAUGGUCUUCGCUGGAGCCACGAUCAUAGCUAUGGACCUACUCGUUAAGAGUGAAGCGAUGGACUAUACCAUGUUAUUAGGCCUGUUUCUGAUCAUCCUCUUGCCACUCCUGCUGGCGUCCUAUAAAAAACUUUGGCUACGUGGUCGCCGACUCUCGCCCAUAACGCAGCCCACCUUCUUCCUGAGUCGUUGGAUCAUCAAGGCCUCCGAUCUGAUCGAGAAGUCGGUGUUCGUUCGGAUACCACUGGCCAUUAUGGUGCUGUUCCUGCUUUAUGUAAUGUCGUCGGAAACAGUGUUCUCCUGCGAUAUAGCCAGGCUCGAGCUGGAAAUUAUAAAUUCCGAGCUGCAUAACUUGAGGCCCCAGAUGUUAUGCUUCAUGCCUUGGGGAGUGACUUAUGCAGUAAUCAUCGUGCUCAGCCUCAUGUUGGUCAUCAUUGGCAUUCCGCUGAUCAUAAAGCUGGGAGUGGGUCUGGCCAUCCUCGGCUGCCACGUGAUCACGGUCCACGCCUACUACGGAUUCGCCUUUGAGCGGUCCCAAACCACCGAUAUAGGCGUGUCAUCGAGCCUUGCCCACUCCUGGUACCUGCUUGCCUUCUUCAUCCUGGUAGUGGUUCGCGAAGGCUACCUCAACUACAUCCUGAAGGCGAGCUACUUCAUGAGCAUGUGUUUCGAGAAGAAGCACGAGCUGACCAAGGUCAAAACCCGAACCAUCAAGAUCAUCAUGGCCAACAUUCUGCCCACCCAUGUGGCGGAGGUGUUCAAGGUGCGUCGGCGCAGCGAUCAACUGUACUACGAGAACUUCUCCCAGGUCGCCGUGAUGUUCGCCACCAUCGAGAACUACGAGGCGGAUAAGUUGGGACUGCGGGCUCUCCACGAGAUGAUCUGCUACUUCGACGAACUCUUGGUUAACUACCAAGCCUGGUACAAAAUCGAGAAGAUCAAGGUGAUGGGCUGGACAUACUUAGCGGCCUGCGGCCUGGACGUCGAUCACUACACGGACUUCUCGGUCAGCGUUCCCGUCUCCACCAAACGGGAGUCCGAUAAACUUCAGAAAUCCGGAUCUGUUCGCUUCGCCCCAAAGGAUGAUGAUGAGAUAAUGAUCAAGGAUCUGCACCCCACACAGGCAACUACGAACGAGGACGAUAAUACAGUCCUGGUCAUGACUGAAUUCGCUUUGAACUUACUCCGCAUCAUGCGAGAUAUCCGUUCCAAGGGAAUUUUCUUUGAGAAGGAUUCCAAAUUAACUGGCAGCUUGAAGAUUGGCAUCGCACAUGGACCUGCGAUGGCCGGCGUUGUGGGACUCUCCAAGCCGCACUACGACAUCUGGGGACACACUGUCAACAUGGCCUCCAGGAUGACUUCCACGGGAGUGAUGGAUGGCAUUCACGUGACCGAAAGCACUGCGAACGUUCUGCGCGACUUUAACAUUCGAUGCACUUAUCGAGGGAUGACCUUUGUGAAGGGAGUGGGCCAAGUGCCCACCUACCUUGUCGACCUGGACGAGAAUCUACACUUCCAACAGCAUAGCCCAGAUAACGAUUCGCACAAGGGCAGCAAAGUCUCCGUGCACUGGUUGGAUGAAAAAAGAACUGAAAGAUAGAAAUAUUGUGGUGUACUUAGGUCUCAAU